AGACUUACUCCUCUUCUCAUACCUCGGAUACGCGGCCGCUAAGUUAGCCUCUGUUGCAACCAUGUCGUACUCCCCUCCAGCCUCAGCCAAGCCCUUUACGCUAAACAUCUCGGACCAAGCAAUCUCGGAAUGGCGUCAACUACUCCAGCUCUCCAAGCUCGCACCCGAUACUUUCGAAACUCAACAGGAGGACCGCCGCUUCGGUGUGACGCACAAAUGGCUGUCCGAAACCAAGGACUACUGGCUGAACAAAUACGACUGGCGGGCGCAAGAAAAGCACAUCAACUCUGUGCCGCAUUACAAGAUGCAAAUUGAAUUUGUCCAUCUGCACUUUACUGCUCUCUUUUCUGAAAACAAGGAUGCCGUUCCCAUUCUCUUCAUGCAUGGUUGGCCUGGAAGUUUCCUCGAGUUCCUGCCAAUGCUGCAGUUGAUCAAGACGAAGUACUCAACCAAACAUCUUCCGUACCAUAUCAUAGUACCUUCGCUACCCGGAUUCACUCUUAGCACCAUACAGUCCAACAGUGACUGGACCAAUAAGGACACUGGCCGCAUCUUGAACCAGCUGAUGUUGACUCUUGGCUUCAACAAGUACCUCGUUCAAGGAGGAGAUGUUGGUAGUUUCGUAGCACAGGUCAUGAGCGCAACUUACGAUGGUUGUGUUGGUAUGCACCUCAACAUGCUCCCUACGGCCGGCAAGCCAGACGAGAACACUCCUUUAUCCAACUUGGAAAAGGAGGCAUUAGCGCGGACCCAGGCGUGGGAGCCUCUUGGGAUGGGCUAUGCUAUAGAGCACGGUUCGAGGCCGAGCACCAUCGCCAAUGUACUCUCUUCCAACCCGCUCGCAAUUCUUGCAUGGUAA